CUGCUGCAUUAUCGUGAGAAACCUGCUCUAUCGGCGGGUAUGGAGUAUGAGAUCUUUUACCCGUUUAUAAAAUUCGCUUCAAGCUUCUGUCGGUGGCCCCCAUGUGUCGCUGCAAGUCUCAAAAGUCUCAUCCUCCUCAGUAGUGACAGGCGAGUAUGGUGCGGCGCGAACUUUUGAAUCGUUGUCUAUUUUGCAAUUGUUUCAUUUCCGGUAGAGGUUUUAAAAACCUUGCAGGGCUGCUGAUAUAAAAUUUACGCUAUCGAACUCUCUAACGGAUCGGGUCGUUGUUCCUCUCAGACGUCCAUAUGUCAUAUAGAUCGUUCACUAUAAUAAAACGACUGUUAUGAAUAAUCGUUAAUCGUUAAAUAAAUUAACGUUCGGAUCGCGUCGCUCGAUUUUACUUAAAAAUAGCAGCUCUAAUGAAAGUCGUCGAGGAUUUCUGGAUAAAUAAAUAAUUUUUUGCGUUGAAUUUGUAACGGUCACUGAUUACACGACUCGCGUGAUUCAUUAAUUCGAACGAGCUGCUGACGUAUACACUGCAUACCCGGUAUUUUAUGCCUUAUAUUCCGAUUGGAAAUCAGUAUAUUUCGCUCUUGGAAAAGCGAUACGCCGGUGAAAGAGCGAAGCGAUAAAUGGCUCCAAAUUUAAAAAGUCAUCCGUUUCGCAACAGAAAGCUCCAUCCCCUAUCCAAAAAAGCUAUGGUCUCUCGGCAAACCAUAAAACUCUCAUGAAAUAAAGCUCACCCCUACUAUACUAUACACGUAUAGCUGGUGGCGAAAGGUUUGUACGCGAGGCGGGCGGAUCUCCCGCGCGCGAGUAGACUCGACCGGCUGCAUGUCGAUGAGGCCGAGCUUUCUAAUCAGGAUGCAGCUCUCGCUGCCUUCAUGCCGCUCGUUACUUUAGCCCCCGCGUGCGCGCGAUCCCCUCUGCUGCGCGCCAGGGAGGAAAUGUGAUGCAUGAAUAGUUAUGGGCAUAUAACGGCCUGCCGAGAGAGAACGAGAAGAGAGGGAGCGUUGCUUUUUCAUGCGAGUCGUUCGAUUGUCGCUUUGGAUAUACUGCGCACUUGCGCGGGGAAAGAGGCUAUCUGAUUUAUCAUUACGUAUACGUGCAGGAUAAUUUUUUACUAAUGCGAGGGUAAUAGUAGGAGAGGUCGAGUACAUUUAUAAGGUCAUACGAAACAUUUCGAAAAGAGUGCUCUCGUUUUACUCGUGCGGUUAUACGGGAAAGCGCUGUAAGGUCGACGUUGCGCGUUCUUAGAAAAUAAGCGAUUGCGUUAGCGAGCUGAUGAUGAUUAUUGCCGAGCUCCAACCCGUCGAGUGCGAUAAAGCAAGGAAUAUCGCAACAUAACUCAACCUUGCAGCCAGCGGUCGCCAAUAACGAUCAGUCAUGAAAUAGGGAUCCCGCCCGGUACCUAUAUAUAAGAACUUUUAAAAUUCCCCGCGCCCGUAAAAGCGCCGGGGCGAUACCUCUCUGAAAAGCAUCGCUCUCUCCCAGAUAAAGCAUCCUCUUCUGAGCUCCGACAAAAGGAAGAAAGCGCCUCCCAUAACAACCCCAUUAACGCUCAGACAGCCGAGAAACAUCACGGCCAAGAUAACAAACCUCGUCGCGACAACUGCACCCUCCCUCCCCCUUCUCUACCCACGCUAUAUUCGCUUAAGCUCUUUCUCUCUUUCUCUCUCUCUCUCUCUCUCCUCUACUGCAGCCUCGGCAUAUGUAUAUGUAUAUAUGUAUAUAUAAGCUGGCGCGCAGCAACGGCGCAGAAAAGUGCUAACGCGAGCUCUUCUGGCAUUUUAAGCACGCGAUCAUUUCCCUGGCCGUUGGCGCCUUCGUCCGUCUUUUCAGUUCAAAAAGUUGGCGAUUUAGUAGCAGCUUGCCGUGACGGAGAUGAAGAGCCCGGGCACGUGCAGAUUGCUUUUCGAGAGAGAAAGAGAGAGCUUCUCUUCUUCUCUCUUUUCAUAGAGCAUAUAAUACAUUUGCUUGCGCUGCGCUGAGCUUGCUUCGUAAUGAUAUCGCAUUGUCGUCUCGUUGCGCGGUACGUAAGCGCGAUUGAAAAAAGAGUGCGCGCGCGCGGCCCAAAACGAGCCCCGGAAAUUUCGCGAAAAUCACGUAAGCGCGCUCGCGAUAAUCCGUUCGAUCCGCGGCAUGAUUGUAAUUUUUAUUGCCAUCGUUGCAGGGAUCGCGCGAAACCAUUCGUCGUUAGCGUCCCGCGGUACGCGGCCGCAAACAUAAGAGAUUAUAAUGAACCGCAAUGCACCUGAUGCGUAUGUUAUAUAUAUCCAACGGAAAUGGCAUUAUAUACUGUAUACGUUAUACCGAAAAGCGGAGCGACAUGACGCGGCAGCCGUAACGCGCGACCGAGUCUGUAUUAUACUCGCUGGCGAGCAGCUUUUCUUGCUCUCUCAGCGUAACGAUUGGGACGACGACGAGGCGGAGAUCGAGUAGAAAGUCCAUCGACUCCUGUUCUUUUUUUUUAUCAGCCGUAGCGUUCGAUCGCACGCGCGCCGCGGUUUCCUCGUUGCGAAAGGCCUUUUUCUCGCUCAUCUGGAAAAAAACAGCGGUAUUAGGUGAGAAAGACAGCUGGAGCCUUGGAAAACGGCGUCGGAAUUUCGUCGCUGCUGCAGCCGCGGAGCUUCUCGAUCGGUCGUUGUUGGGACACGCAGCGCGCGAAUCGAAUCGGUAAGCUAGAGCGAACGUUUUACGAAGUUGCGCGACUGACACUUUUGCUCGAAAAUCCCCGGCGCGGCCGCGAGUUUCAAAACCCCCGCGGGCGUUACAGCCGGAGCUUUUGGCGCGAUUUUUAAUCAGAGAAAGAGAGAGAGAGAGAGAGAGAGAGAGAGAGAGAGAGAGAGAGAGAGAGAGAGAGAGACUACAUAUAUACAAUACCCGGGCGCGGAUAAUGAGAGCGAGUUGCGACAGUUGGGCAGAACGUUGCGUGCAGAGGCUGUAUACCUGUGUAGAUGGAGCCCGGCUGGUAGUGGGACAAUAUGUAACAGUGCAGUAGGAGCAGAGUAAGUGUAUAUAAAAGAGCACCGGCUGUUUACGUCCAUGCUACUGUUGAAAAUACGCGGUGGCAUAGGCGGCGACGAUCUCGAGAAAGAGAGAGAGAGAGAGAGAGAGAGAGAGAGAGAGAAAGUGUGCAUCAGGCGUAAAACACGAUAUGGCUGCAUCAUCGGCGAUCUGGAUGAACGGUCUGGCGGCGCUGCUGCUGGCACUGCUGCUGCCGCUGGAUGAUUCGCGGGGAGCCAUGGCGAGACCGGCCGGCUACGAUGACUACUUGACGCUGGAAGGAGCCGGCGCUGACAUGCUCACGGUGGGAUCGUUACGUCGAGAGGUGAGACAGCCCGCGCCGGCACAGCAGCAGAGGAUCGCCACGGAGGUCAGCGAUCUGCUGUCGCUCGGAAACGAGCCCAAGAAGAGCCACGAGCAGCACCGCAAGAAACACGCCAAGAACGCUUCCGGUAAAUCGGACGAGGGCGGCUUCUACAAGAGUUACGGCAGCGACGCCGACGGCGAGAAGGGCUACCUGAAGAAGACCUACAGCAAAGGCGACCACGGCUACAAGAGCCUCGACACGUUCCACAAGAAGCUCGGCGACAGAUACGGCUUCGAGGAGCACGAGGCAUUCGGCAAGGAGUCCGACAAGGACGAGGGAAAGCACCACGGAAAAUCGGCCUCGCAGAAGCGCAAGCACAGCGACGAUCACGAGGGUGCCGGAACCGACGACGUGUCGCACUACGCGGACGAGGGUGACUCCUCGACGUACAGCGAAGGCGAUGGCUCUGGCGAAAACUACGGCGACGGCGAGUCAUCCUCUUACAACGACGGUGGCAGCGAGGGCUACAGCGAGUCCUACUCGUCCGGUGACGGCGACAGCUAUGGCUCCGGCGAGUCUUACUCUUCGGACGGCGGGUCUUCCGGCGAAGGCGGCGACUACUACUGAUUCUGCCAAACACUCGAGGCUGUAAUUGCUCUUCAGUGCGUUCCUACAUACACAUAUACAUUCAUGUAUAUUUACCAUACCGUUUAAGUGCGAAAUGUUCCUCUUAUCGUUACGUUUAUGUGAAUAAAGCGUUGUAUUAAUUUUUGUACAGUACAUACGUGCACGCGUUAGUCAUUAUUUCUCUCAGCCAUUGAAUCUUUUCCUCUCCCGAAUAUUCACUGCUACUGUACCCAUACACAAUCCGAAUAUUGACCGAAAUAAAGUGAAUUUGAAUUCUGAGAAUUCCUCUAGCACUAACGAGUGCAGGAAUGCACCACUUCGUGGCGUAUGCUUUCUGUUGUUGACGUUGUACUCGAAUAAUGUAUAUUGGUUUUUGAAAACAAAGAAUUUUCGAAUAUCCGGGGAUGAAAAAAAAGUGAAAAAUAGUGUAUUGUUUAUUAAGGGCGUAAAGUGGGCUUUUUCAGACCGAGUGUAAAAAAAAAUUCAAUCAUGGACUUCCUGACAAAAACAAUCGUAGCGUCCACAUCUAUCGCCGCUAGAAAAAACUCAC